CAACUUUUUAGAUCCACACGAUUCCUUUUUAGUUUCUGAAAGAGAAAAUUAUCAAUUACCGAAUAUUGUAAAGGAAAUACAAGGCAUACUUACACAUUUUACUGCUUUACUCCAUGUGGCAAUCGAUUGAGUGACUUUUUGCCAUUCAGGAAAUCGUAACGUGAGCCGUUCAGUAGAAAUGUCAAUUUAAGUCUCCUCCAAAAGCCGGAACUACAUAUUUUUAAGUCUCCGCCUAAAGCCGCAACUACAUAAUUCCCAGCGGCGCCAUCGAUUUCUCGUUUGUGGAGAAUAGUUUUUUUUUUUUUUCUUCUCCCAGUCUUCAUUCAUCAUCAUUCGUAAAAUUAUAUUUAUUAAUUGCCACUUGGAACCAAACGUAACCAUGCAUAAAUAACGUGAACGCAGUAUGACGGUUAAAUUAUGGAUCUUUGUCGUCAGUCAUUUAAGAUGGCUAUCUCUGCAAAUAUUUUUUUAGUGGAAUGUCGUGUUCGGAUAUAUACGCACUAAUUUUGUUUGUAGAUACUCCACGUAAUUUUGUGCAAAAACAAAUUAAAACUUAUAUUACAAUUUUUGGAAUAUAAGCUACCCUGUUUAUUGGCAAUGGUCACAUACAGUGGCACUUCAACUUUGUUUCGUGCCGCUAGGCAGUUGGGUGUCGAUCGUGGCUAAACAAAAAGUCUCCAAAGUACAAAGAAAGUUUGUUUGACAUUGGCAGAAUUUAAGCCAGAUAUUAGAAAAAAAAUAACAAAAAACAAAUUUUUUGCGAAUGCCUUCAGUUUGACACUUUCUCAUGAUUGCCUUUGAAAUUUGUUAAAAUUACCAUAAUGUCAGGUCAACAUUUAUUUUUUGUCUUCCUGUACAACCCUGCAUAGGAAAAUAUAUAGUACCGGUGUGACCCAUCAACCAAAAUACAUGGGUAAUUCUGCGUUUACACGUCCCAGUUUCCAGUUUCGAUAUGCCCAAAAAUGCCCUGCUUAGAUCGCAAAUUUUAGACUUGCAAAAGGAAAACGAAACUUUCUCGCCGAACCGUUUUACUUUAUUUAUUUAAUUGCUCGCCACCCAACAAAAAAAAUAAAUAAAAUAUAUAUAAAUUAACUCAGGCACAUAAAUAAAAAGGGCGUAUUUCAGACAACCAUGACCCGCUUCAGUGCAGUAAAGCGAAACGCCGCAAAGAAUGCCCAUCGCUUCGUCGUGCCGUGCCACUUAUGCGACGCGAACCACCCAAUUAGGGUAUGCCCGGUUUUUCGCGCGAAAACACCUGAAGAAUGGUUAAGAGAAGCGCUACUUGGUCGAUACUGUGGAAAUUGUUUAGCCACAGAUCACGCAACCGAGCGAUGUACCAGCGAAGGACGAUGCCGUCGAUGCGGUGAGAAGCACCACACUACGCUUCACCUCGGUGAAGCGCGACGACCCGCAGAGGAGGUACAGAAGCCUUGGAGCGUCCAAGUCGAAGAAGAAGAGCGCAACAAUUAUGAGGCGGCCAUCUCGCUAUACGCGUCUGAUUCUGGAACGGAGACCAGGCCUCUCCGUCCAGAUAUUGAAGAGGGCGAGAUAAUAGAGUUCGGAGUGGAGACUCGGCCUCUCCACCUGACUACUGCGAGGGGAUCGGAAACUAGGUCUUUCCGACCCCUACUCCAACACGAGCGCGAUCGCCAUCGACCACACAAGCGACAACAACCACACCAGCGACAGCGAACGCAUCAGCGACGUCAACGACAUUGCAGAGCGGAAACUCGGUCUUUCCGCCUGCAGCGAUCUUCGCGACACCCAUCGCAAUCCGAACAUGACGAUAGACUGGCGACUCGGCCUCGCCAGCUAUCACGACCAAUCGCGUUCCGUAAUGGACUAUCGGCGAAAAACCCCGUUGUUGGGCCAACCCUCCGCCCUAUGGUAGCUAUUCCUCCGACGGCCGUUGUUAAAGUUGAGGCGAGGGGGCGCUUACAUUUAGUCCGCGCGCUUAUAGACGUCUGCACUCCCACGACAAUUGUAUCUGCGGACCUGGCCCGCGAGCUACGCCUAGAGCAAACACGAGUCGGCGAGCAAACGGGCAGUCUCUUAUGUUUACGAGGGAAACACGGCCAGAAUAAGCGAGUUGUGACCCAUGCCGUCGUUACACCCCAUUUCCACCGAGUAGCGCCAAGUAGCAGCAUAGAUCCGACUGUCGCCGCAUCUUACGCACAUAUCCGUUUAGCGGACCCCAACUUUUUCAAUUCCGCGCCGAUACGUCUGGUACUCGGGACCGACGUAUACGCCGAUAUUUUACUACCCGGAAUUCUUCCGAACACUUUCGGGCCUCUGCUGGCUGAGAGCACCAUCUUUGGAUGGGUUCUUUCCGGAAUCUGCAGAACCUAGUUUUUAAGAUUGGAAUUCUAAUUAAAAUCCAUAGUUGUUAAAAUUGGAGUUUAUUUCCAUUGAAAAAUAAUGAAUUUUUAUAUACAUAUGAGAUAAGUGAAUAAAGUGCAUUUGAAUGGUAACCACGUCUAUUUCUUUAAUUGCCUUUUUCAAUUUAAAUUCUGUAGUAGCAACAAAGAAAGAAGGGCGAACUUGUUGGACGCCGAAGCUGCUGCUGGAAUGCAAAUUGAUAUUUCUCGAUUAAAAUUUUUUUAUUAUCCAUCAAGUGCGCCUGAUAGCUGAGACGCGGUCAAUUUCUAGAGGUUGCUUACCGCAAGGGGGCCGGCAUGUUUAGGCCUUCAGCCUAAAUGUUUUUCACACUUUUAGUGAACCGCCCUAAUGCUGGUAUAUGUACAUACAUGCAUAUAUACUAUACACUCAUACAUGCUCAUAUGUAUUAACAACAGCUAAGCCGUUAACCAAUGUAUCCCGCCGAACAAUGAACCUUCCUUAAGUUUCCUUAACGUCAGUUAUUGUCCGGCGGUCCAAACUUAGAAGCUGCAAAUUAUAUUUGUCACUUCUUUUUGGAGAUCAAAGAGGACACAACGCAGCUACCAGGCCACUUCCGAAAGGUAAUCAAAACCGCAUUUGUAUAGGCAUAAAUAUAGAUAUAUAUCACUAUCGACAUAGUUGAUUUCAAUAAAACGUUGAAAAAUACUAAAUCCAUUAUUUCACUAUUUUUCUAUUUUCUUCCACAUUAUAAAACACUGGUGCGUCCAAUUGCGAACCUUACGACGCCCGGGGUGUUACAUUACCUAUGCAAAAUAAAUCCUAGCAACACUUCAUAUCUAUGUACAUAUGUAUGUACAUGCGUAGGUAUGCAUAAGUAAAAGAAACUAGACUAUGAGAAACCCUAACAACAAUUUAUAUGUAUCUUGGUAUGUACUACAUACUAUGUAGGCAAAAAAUAGGAAAAGGCAAAGAGAUAGUAAAGCCAGGCCGCUGCUUGGCCUCUCUUCGCCGGUGAUGCUGGUGCUGCGGCGAGUAGCGUCGAUGCCGACAGAACGAUCGCUGCACUUGUUUCGUUUCCCUCAGGCUCUGCUUCUGCUUAUUCUCCCUCGCUGCUAUACGUUCACUUCCAACCAGCUGUCGUUGAGUCUGCAAACUCUUAUGUAUAUUCGCAGAUCAGCGGCCGUUGACCUGGUCCACUCUUAUGUACCAGGAACAGCUGUUUGACGUGUUCUGUUAGCUGAUAUCCGUAGACGGACGAUAGAUUUAAGGCAUGCGUAUGUACAUAUAUGUGUCGAUGGAUGUGUACUGAUUGUGGAUAGGUGUUUACGGUGGUGCGUGUGGGUGUUGAUCCAGGUGUGAGAUGCAAUUUGUAGUGCGUGUGGCUGUUAAUUGUUUUAACCCGUGUGUGUGUCAAUCUCGGUGUAAUAGAUAAGUGGUAGUGCGUAUGGGCGUUGAUCCAAUUGCAUUAUCUAUGUAAAUAAAUAUGCUGUAGUGUAUGAGUAUGUUGGCUGGGAUGUAAUGCUGUCGAUGGAUGUGUGUAGCAGAUGCUGACGUAUUUAGGAUGUAAUGUGUGGGUGAAUGUGGUUAUGUGCCUUGUUGCUCCUAGGUCAAUCUCAAAAUUAUCGAGGUCCUUUUGCACUUACAUAGGUGCUGGCGACCUGAAAGAAAAGUUAAACAAAUGGUCAUUAGUAAAGUAGCUUAAGCUUCGCGUUCGGGUGAGCAGUUUUGUAUAGCAACCAACUUUCAUACAUACAUACAUACAAACAUAUGCACCUGCGCCUGCGCGCACAUAUGCAUGAACAUACAUGAGCGCAUUGAAGUGCAAGUACUCAUCCGUAUAUAUGUAGGCAAGCCACUAGAAAUUUCUUGGUCCCUGGAUUAGGAUCAAGACAUUUCAAUGCGAGAAUUUUUUCUUACCUCGAAUUCCGUUUGUUAGUAACCGCUAGAUUCGGCGCAAGCUACGGUGCUUUCAAAACCCGCUUUUUGCACUUUGUUAUAUAUACGUCCGUAUGUAUAUAUGCGUAUAUACACAUGUACAUAUAUUCACUCCACUAUAUACCGAGCUAUUUACCGCACUAUUAAACUUUCGCAAACUUCGAGCACUCGCGACACUUGAUUUAAAAUCACCACUUUCUAAUGACUACUUCGAGCUACCUCCGCGGUUUUUAUAGGGGAUGACUCAGCCGAAGAAGUCACUCAUGCCCUAAUACUCACGCAAACACUUUGCUUACAUAAUCACUCCACUUCGAAAGAUACAAAAAUUCACACAUACAUACCACACUGCAUUAUCGGAUCGCAGAGCUAGCAAGGUUCCACACCGUUUGUUAACUAAGUCUGGUAGGAAGUUGAAGCUUGCACGGAAAUGCACACUUAUACACUCGCAAGAUGUCCAGAAGGCCCGCGCUACAGGCUCUUACCCGCCGAUGGUGCCCGCAUCAUGGAGCGUGUACGUAAAAGAAUUCCCAGCGCAGCCUGCCUUGUCUUCGUCUUCUCACCCAAUGUGUGGCCUCGACCCACGACCUAAAGCCGGGCAGUUUCGCUUCCUCUCCUAAGGUUUCGUGUGGCAUCGUAACACUGUGGCAAGUAUUAUUGGGUGGAGGUAACAAGCUACAACACGAACACACUUUCACCUUGGCACAAUUCUACAGUUACACACAUGUCGACAGCUUAUUUCCUAUAUUUAUAUCACAGAUAAGAGGAUCCUAAGGUUAUAUCACCUAUAAAUUAUUUAACGCUAUAUCACAGAUGGUGUAUGGUUAUGUCAAAAAAAAAAAAAAAAAAAAUAUAA